UCCUCCAGUAGAAGCGGCUGUUCCCGGGACAGAGGUUGUGUGUCCCUGCUGCUUCAUCACCGGGCCCCGGGAGGCAGAGCACCUUGUCCCGCGGACCCCCCACCCCCCCCCACCUCCACCAGCCGGGCUCGCCUGCGGAGCCCCCCCCACGUAUGGGCUCACCAUGCGCAGGAUCCGGGCCAACGCCAUCGCCAUCCUGACCGUCGCGUGGAUCCUCGGAACCUUCUAUUACCUGUGGCAGGACAACAAGCCCACCUCCUCCUCCUCCUCCUCCUCCUCCCAGGCCUCCCCCCAGACCCGGGGCCGGAGCCACGGGGGGUCGCAGCAGCAGCAGGGGGUCCCCGGGCGGCUGGAGAUCCACCGGGACGACAGGACCAUCCCGCUGAUAGUGACCCAGCCGCCGCGGGCCGAGCAGCAGGGGCAGCUGCUGGGCGGCUUCGAUGAGAAGGCCUACCUGGCGGCGAAGCAGCUGAAGCCGGGGGACGACCCGUACAGGGAGCAUGCCUUCAACCUGCAGGAGAGCGACCGGCUGGGCAGCGAGCGAGCCAUCAGAGACACCCGACACUACAGGUGUGCGUCUCUGAAUUACGACGCCGACCUCCCCUCCACCAGCAUCAUCAUCACUUUCCACAAUGAGGCUCGCUCCACUCUGCUUCGCACCAUCAAAAGCGUCCUGAUGAGGAGUCUGGCGUCUCUGAUCCAGGAAAUAAUCCUGAUCGACGACUUCAGCUCUGACCCUGAGGACUGCCAGCUGCUCGCUCAGAUCCCCAAAGUGCACUGCCUGAGGAACGGCAGGAGAGAGGGUCUGAUCCGGUCACGUGUGCGAGGAGCCAACACGGCCUCGGCCUCCAUCUUGACCUUCCUGGACAGCCACUGUGAGGUCAACGCCGACUGGCUGCAGCCGAUGAUCCAGCGAGUCAAGGAGGAUCACACGCGAGUGGUCAGCCCCAUCAUCGAUGUCAUCAGCCUGGACAACUUCGCCUACUUGGCGGCCUCAGCGGACCUGAGAGGAGGGUUCGACUGGAGUCUCCAUUUCAAAUGGGAGCAGAUUCCCAUCGAGCAGAAGAUGGCCCGAAGUGACCCGACCCAGGCCAUCAGGACGCCCGUCAUCGCCGGGGGGAUCUUCGUCAUGGACAAGAGCUGGUUCAACCACCUGGGCCAGUACGACACCCACAUGGACAUCUGGGGGGGGGAGAACUUUGAACUUUCCUUCCGGGUGUGGAUGUGCGGAGGAAGUCUGGAGAUCCUUCCCUGCAGCCGAGUGGGUCACGUGUUCAGAAAGCGACACCCGUACGACUUCCCAGACGGCAACGCUCUCACCUACAUCAAGAACACCCGGCGGGCUGCGGAGGUGUGGAUGGACGAGUAUAAACAGUACUACUACUCUGCCAGGCCGUCGGCACAGGGCAAGGCCUUUGGGAGCAUCGCCGACCGCUUGACGCUGCGGCGGAAGCUGAACUGCAAACCUUUCCGCUGGUACAUGGAGAACGUCUACCCCGAGCUGAGGGUCCCUGAGCAGGAGGCGGUGUCCAGUUUGAUGAAACAAGGCGGCUUGUGUCUGGAGACCCGUGGGAGCGACGUCCUGAGCCUGGCCGAGUGCAGGGGCCUCGGAGGCAGCCGGCCACAGUCACAGAGAUGGGAGCUGAUUGAGCCUCUGAUCCGACAGCAGGACCUCUGCUUGGCCAUUUCAGCCUUCCCUGCAGGGUCAAAGGUCAAGAUGGAGCCCUGCAAUGCAAAAGAGCCCAGACAGAAGUGGAAGCCGAAGGGCUCGGCGCUGCAGCACACGGUCAGCGGCCUCUGCCUGGACAGCCAGACCCCGGCAGGUCCUCUGGUCGUCGCUCAGUGUCUCCCCCAGAUGGCCAGCCAGUCCUGGGAGCCGCAGAUCAUCACCUGAGCCACUGGGCUGCAGAGGAGGGAGAGGAGCAGAUUGUGGACCCAACCUUUAGAGGGACUCUGUCUCUUUCCUGAGGGAAGAGAGAGGACUGAGAACUGUAUUUUUGUGAUGUCAACUCCAACUUCCUGCUCGCUGUGACGAGAGCGUUUUUCUAAAGGCCUCGUGGAACGAAUCAUCUGAGGUCUAUGGUGUGCAGUGCUUCAUCCUCCGAGGAUGCCGCAGUUCUUCUAUGUAUUCUAAGAUUUUCACUGAAAACUGUUGCACGUCUCACUUUUUAAUUUCUGUGUCUAUCCUGGUCAACAAUCUGCUUAAGGUUCCAGUAGUGUGGGUUGUCUCAGAAUGAAUGAGUGCAAAAUGUUCGGGAGCAAAUGAGUCCGAGUUGUGGACCAGGGCAGCUUCAUGUACAGCCAACUACAAUCUGAGCUUUUCAAAGCACCAUGCAAAGCGCCAUCAGGAACAUUAUUUAUUGUUUUGCAUGGUCGGACCCAAAGAAAACGAUUAUUCUUUCCUGUCUCUCUUUAAUGUUUUAUGUAAAUAUUUGAAGCAGACGAUGGCUUGGUUUCUGUGUGACGUGCUCUCUAUGUCAUUUGAAGAAUAAAAUGUCGUAACAAUAAAA